AUGGCGCCAUGGACAGACGAACCUAGAGCCAUCACGCGACUUGGCCUGCAUUCACAGGAGCAUAUAGACACCGACCAAGGCAUCCGCAGCAACGCAAGACGAUGUAAACAUACAGGAAAACAGAACACUCACACAAAGGUACUUGUAUGCGUGGAUGUUGAGAAUGAGAAUGAGGUGGAGGUGAAAGACGACUUGGACGGGGGGCUGCUGGUGCCGGAGGACCCAGAGCCGGUGACGCCCCCAGAUGAGGGCGGGGCCGACGUUGUCGAGGAGCCAGAACUGGAGCCGGUUGAAGACGGCGUGCUCGACGGCGCUGUGCUCGACGGUGUACUUGACGGCGUAGUGCUUGACAGGGUAGUACUGGGUGAGGUCGACGAGGGUGUGGAGGACGAGGAGGACGAAGACGAAGACGAUGAAGACAACGUUGACGACGAAGCAGAUGUUGACGAAGAAGAACCUGUGGACGUGGAUGAAUGCGGAUCAGAGCUUGUUGCGGACGCGGAAGGGGCUGUUUGCGAGGACGAAGAAGAGGAAGAAGACACGACAGGGUCAGAGGCCGCGGGUGCGGAGCUCGAAGCAUCAGAGGACAUACUCGUUGCCGACGCUGCAUCCGAAGAUGGCGGCGGGGACGUGGACGCCGCUGGGGGCGACGACGAGGACAUGGUCGAGCGCAGAGAGACGGAGGAGUAG